AUGUCAGCAUCUUCGCAGGCUCCUCCUGCAGCCAUUCCAGAGUCUGGAGUCCAACAGGAUGACGAUCGCAAGUCGAAAAAUGGAAUAACAGCUCCCGACAAUGCUGUGUCCGCCAUGGCCAAAAAGGAGCCGCCUCCUGAGAAGCCGGCGGAGAUCCGAUUACGCCGCCUCGUUAUAUUGUCCUUCUGGCUGAUCAUAUUAUUCCUGGGCCUGCCAAUAUGGUGGAGGACUACAACGAUUUACAGGGCUCGAUUGCCGCUGGAUCAAAUGAUGGACUGGGCCGAGGGCAGAGCAUGCCGGCCGGUCUUUCCCCUCCGGAUAUCGAUAGAGGCGGAUUUCCUACAAGACCAUGAAGCACAGCACCUGUUACGAACGACUCAACACGCCUUAGAUGACUUGAACGAUUUCUCGGCACAUCAUCUUCGACUACAGCUCUCCCCGUCUGCCAGUGCGUCAACAACAGCCCCGGAACUCUCUACCGGAGGUGAGGAAGAGGAGGUGGCCCUCGUGAUACGGCUUCUGCCAGGGAACACAACAAUAGCAGACCUCCAGUCAUAUUGUCCCAUAUUAGACAUCUAUUAUACACCCAACCAAAUACCCUCCAGCUCGUCUUCCUCGUCGUCGCUAGCUACAUAUAUUGCCAAUACACUACGAGAACUCUUUGCCGAAGAGCAGGCAAUGAUUGCAUACCUACUAUCCACUAGCUCCGCGCCUCCAGAACGAAGUCCCAAAGCAUUGGCACCAGAGGUCGCAGAAUCUCUCGCGAAAUGGACCACCCGCUCGAUGAAAUAUUCCCGCACAUACCACCUCACCUUUUCCCUUUUUACGCCCAAUGCCACACCUUCGUCGUGGGAUAUUGAGGCAGCACUAGAGGCGUAUAUGAAACCCUUACUAGAAAGCUUCUCCUCAAUCAGCAACUUCACAAUCGAUACGCAGGUCCAACUCUACGCAACUCCGGGAGUUAGUGGCAACAUUUUGAAAAAGGAGGAUUUGAGUGGCUUCAUUAACGCUGCAGAAUGGCCGCUCAGCCCCAGCAUCGGCGGAGCUCCAACGGUGAACUUCAUUGUUUACGUCGGCGACAUGGAAGUCGAAGGCGGAGGCAAAAGCUGGCUCAUCCCGCAAUGGGGAGGCGUCGUUGUCCAGUCCGAUAUCUCUGAUCUCCGCCCAGCAAUGCUCAUUUUCUCGAAUCAACUCAUGUCGCUCCUCGGAGCCCCAGAAUCGGGUUCCCUCCCUCUCCGCCUAAUGACCCUGGUCCGUGUCCGCAGUGCCGGCCUCCUACUAAAAGCCAGCGGGACAAUGGGAAGUCUAGCUCGGUUGACCCUCGCCCUACCUUCCAUCAGUAUCCCAAGAUCCGUUGCUGACGGUGUGUAUACGACCGUCGAACAUUUGCGCAAGGCAUGUGAUGGUUUAGGUGGGAAAGAAGGGUUGGAGAAUGCCCGGAUAGCUGAGGAGGCUGCUGAGAAGGCAUUCUUUGAGAAGAGUAUGGUGGGCCAGGUUUAUUUUCCUGAUGAGCACAAGGUUGCUGUUUAUAUGCCGUUGCUAGGACCUGUGGGUGUUCCCUUGGUUAUGGGGGUAGUGAAAGAAAUUAAAGCGUGGAGGAAGAGGAAGAGGAUGAGUAAAUAG